AUGAUGGCACGUCGGGACCCCAAAUCUUGGGCCAAGAGACUGGUGAGAGCCCAGACCCUCCAGAAGCAGCGGAGGGCCCCAGUUGGGCCAAGGGCUCCCCCGCCCGAUGAAGAAGAUCCCAGGUGUUGCUCCGUCACGUGGUCUUUGGGAGGGAACAUCGUAUCCGAACUCUCCCAGCACUUAACGGCCCCCAUGCCGGUGUCCCCUCUUUGGAAUCCUUAUUCAGCUCUGAAUUCACAAUCCGUCCCAAUGUGGACGCAACAAGACCCGCAGAGGAAGGCUCUCCUCCACAUAUUUUCUGGGAAACCUCCAGAGAAGCCGCUGCCGAAUCGAAAAGGAUCCACGGAAUCUUCUGAUUAUCUGAGGGUUGCAAGCGGGCCAAUGCCGGUCCACACAACCAGUAAGAGGCCGCGCCUGGGCCCUGUCCUCGCUGAUCGCUCAGCUACCGAAACGUCUGACAGGGGCUCCGUCUUGGCUUCGCCGUCUCCCCUCAGAAAAGCCAGUCUGAGCUCCUCCUCAAGUCUUGGACCAAAGGAAAGACAGACAGGGGCUGCGGCCGACAUCCCUCAGCCUGCAGUCAGGCAGCAGGGCCCCGAGCCUCUCCUCGUGGUGAAGCCGACACACAGCAGCCCUGAGGGUGGCUGCCGAGAAGUUCCCCAGGCUGCCUCCAAAACCCACGGCCUGCUCCAGGCCAUCAGACCCCAGGCACAGGACAAACGUCCUGCGGUGACCUCACAGCCCUGCCCGCCAGCCGCCACACACAGCUUGGGCCUAGGCUCCAAUCUCAGCUUCGGGCCAGGAGCCAAGAGACCUGCCCAGGCUCGGAUUCAGGCUUGCCUGAACUUCCCCAAGAAACCGAGACUGGGUCCCUUCCAGAUCCCCGAAAGCGCCAUCCAGGGAGGUGAGCUGGGGGCCCCGGAGAAUCUCCAACCUCCGCCAGCCGCAACCGAACUUGGACCAAGUACGUCGCCCCAGAUGGGCAGGAGGACACCCGCCCAGGUGCCCAGCGUCGACCGGCAGCCUCCGCACAGCAGACCUUGCCUGCCUACUGCCCAGGCCUGCACCAUGUCCCAUCACCCAGCGGCCAGCCAUGAUGGGGCCCAGCCUCUCACAGUGCUCUUCCGGAGACUGGAAAACGGACGCUGGAGCUCCAGCCUCCUGGCGGCCCCCUCAUUUCACUCUCCUGAGAAGCCGGGAGCCUUCCUCGCUCAGAGCCCUCAUGUGUCAGAGAAGUCUGAGGGUCCCCGUGUUCGUGUCCCACCGAGCGUCCUCUAUGAGGACCUUCAGGUUUCCUCCUCCUCAGAGGACAGCGAUUCUGACCUGGAGUGAGACUGCAGGUGGCAGGGGCUCCUUGGCCUCCAGCUCCCGUGACUUGGAGGGGACUGUGGGACUGAGGAGUGCAGAGCAGAGAGCAGACUCUGUGCGGUGACUCCGAAGCUCCCCGGCUGUGGCGCUUCUGUGGAUGUGGGAGCCCAGGCCAGGCAGGGAGCAGAUGCAGGGACUCUGCCUCAUUGAAUUCUGGUGAGGGACGUUGUAGUUCGCGUGGUUCUCCGGAAACGCGCCAGGAAAAGCUUCCGUGCCAGAGAUUCGUUGCCUCAGAAACUGCGUGACGCGCAGGAGUCAGACUUCCGCUGGGACGUCAAUAGGAAACUGGGGAAUUACUGUGUAUUUGCUCUCUAGAUGACUGAAUAAGGGAAAAGUUAGGGAACCCUGAGAGGUGCAGCCCUUCCGCUGUGCCCCGCCCUGAGAGCAGUGUUUCGGACGCUGGGAAGCGUGCUGUGCAGAGCGCUCUCGGGGUCUUUCCUCAGCCUCGAAAACUGGGCUGUGGAAUGCCUUUGUACAUGUGUGUGUUUAAUUGGUUUUGAAGUGAAUAAAAUUCUC